AUCCGAAUUCUGCCGAUUUGAAACGAUUCGUGAGACAACACGUAAACAUAUAAAUAUAAACACGUGCGACGGUGGUGGUCAGGAAUGGUAAUCUCGUAAAUAAUUAACGAAUAUUCAUACAAAUCAUUGACAACUGGUGGCAUCAAAUCUUCAAAUAAAGUUGAACAAAAGUCCUGUCGUAACUGAUUGUAACGAUGGCUAGAUCGAAGCUGAAAAAAAAGAAGCAGAUCCCGAGACCGAUGGACGAGGAUCGAGUGGACCAGACCAAAAUUCCAAUACCAAAUUUACCUGAAAAAUUUCUUUUGAUGAAGGUCAAAAGUGGAACAAAGAUAAAAAAUGUUCUUGAGUACUCGCUGAAAGAGUUUGCCAGUGAAGGCAGUGUCGUUUGGAGCGGCAUUGGUCAGGGCAUUGGUAAAGUCAUCUCGUGCGCAGAAAUCUUCAAGAGAAAAAUUUCAGGCUUACAUCAGAUCACCAAGCUUCGAUACGUACAAUCUAAUAAUUCGAAGGAUGGAAAAAAGAACGAGAACGCCACGAUAGAUCGCAUGGUGCCAGAAAUUCACAUACUGCUGUCCAAUAAUGUCCUGGAUUCAAAAGAGCCAGGCUAUCAGGCCCCGGGUACAUGUUCCAUGUUUCAAAAUUCAAGCGUAGAGGGAGUAUCGCUAGAGGAAGAAUGUGGAGGAUUGAAGAACGCUCGAAUGUCGGACGUAACUGCGGAAGAAUUUGCUUCAAUGGGCUUGAGGACAGGUCAGAAGAGACCUCGAGCUUCCAGCCAGGGUCAUCCGACAUCAAAAAAAUGCAAGAAAAAAUUCAACGAUGAAACCUAGUAAUAAUAAAAAUGAAUAAAGCAGAUUUUUUAAUAGAAA